AUGGACGACACUGCCCUCGUGUCGGACGACAAUUUCGACCCUCCAUCGCGCCUUUUUGAGCGCCUUCGCCAGAUUGCCGGCUAUACCUGGGACGAGUCCCGGCUUCCCUUUCACACGUCUUACGACAUCUGGCACGUUUGUGGCACCAGAUUCGUAUCUCCUUACCAGCCCUCUUCCUCUUCAUCCUUACCCGCCUCGAGUCCCGGCUCGAUCGCGAGACUACAGUCGGGCCGGCCGUCGCCCUCCGAACAUGCGAGCUCCUCAAGCCUUCACUCAGGCCUGCCCAGCGAUGCGAGCAGCGACUUCUCGGCGACCUCUCCGCCCGCCAUACCCUCCGGAGCCGCAGAGAUAUCUUAUGUAGAAGAGCCAGUAGUGGCUCGCGUCUCCUACCAUGUGCUUCGCGAGGAGAGAGCCUUCCACAUAGCUAAGAACCUAUUCGCCACGGCCGACCCUCAAGGGUUGCAUAUUGUUAAGCCACUCGACUUCAUCCGUCUUGCCCCUCACCCCGGCGAUCGCGGUUCCAUUGUAGUUGCAAUCUACCAGCAUCCUGGCCAGAACUACCUCUUUGAUCUAAUGGACAUGGGGCCGGCCUUUUACAAGGCUAGGAAGGUUGAUGACCGAUACGAGGCGUAUCGCAAACAGAACUUACGCUUGAAGCCCCCGAUAGACCUGCAAUAUUUUCUUGACUUUGCAAUUGGCGCCAGUCAAUGCCUGGAAAUCCUCCACUAUGGACAGGUGAUUACGCAUGGAGAGAUCAGGCCGGACGCCUUUCACUUCAACAUUGAGACGAAUUCAGUCAAGCUGAUCAACUACGGUACGGGCACAAGAUCAUUCGAGGGCGGCUUAUCGAGCACCUCGUGGUCGAGCUUAUCGAGAAAGUUGGGCGCGAAGAAUAAGCUCCUCUACAUUAGUCCGGAGCAGACAGGUCGUAUGCCGGCGGAACCUGAUAGUCGGACCGACAUCUACUCCCUAGGAGUCGUUUUCUGGACAUUGCUUACACAACAGCCAGUGUUUGACGGCGAGGCGCCCCUAGACAUCGUGCAAGGCGUUUUAGGCCGGAGAAUUCCCAACGUAUCGCAAGUUCGGCUUGACAUACCCGACGUCAUUGGACGUAUCAUACAGAAAUGCACGGCCAAGACCGUUGCGGAUCGAUAUCACUCGGCCAGUGGUUUGAAGCAUGACCUUCUCAAGGUACAGCAGUUUUUGACCGACGGCGACUGGCUGGCGCUUAAGGAGUGGAAGAUUGGCGAAAAAGACAUCUCGUCCUUCUUUAUUCUACCUAGUAUGAUGAUCGGGCGGCAAAAGGAGAGAGCAGAAGUGAUCAGAGUCAUUGAGCGGGUCGCGAAGAGCCACGCAAUGAACCAAAAGUCGACAGCAAAUAACCGCUUCUCUGACGGUUCACAGCUAUCCGUUGAACUCCCCGACUGCGGAGACCUGUCGAGCGAGGGCGCAAGCUCGGCGGAAGGCACAACACGGCGCAGCGGCUCCUUCACACAUACUACGUCCUCUGAUCCUAGGCAGUCAAAGGCUAGUUUUGUUCCAUCCGUUCUAUCCGAUACCCAGACAAUCUCCGGUGACACGAUCGCCUCGUCCAAUUCUGGGCCGUUUGCGAGGAUGACCAGGCCGUGGGAGAGGCAAUGGGAAAGACACCAGUCGGUCUCGAUCGAAACUCGGAGUCUCAUCGACGGUGUCGGUACACCAACGGACAGCAACCGGCUCAGUGCAGUAGAAUCAUCGUCCUCGAGUUUGUCACGUCAACUCGGAUCAGCCAAAUUCCGAAGGCGAGGGCACUGCGAGAUCGUCCUCGUCGAAGGAGCCGGCGGCCUCGGCAAGAGCUGCCUUUACCAGUCGGUCCUUGCGGAAGCCAGGAGGAGAGGAUAUUGUGCCACGGCAAAAUUCGAUACGGCCCGCCGAACUGCUUUCGGACCGCUGCUUAAGCUGCUGUCGUCACUGUUCAAACAGGUAUUCGGUGAGCGGAAUACGGAUACACCGUUCCAUCAGGCGUUGAAGCAGUACGUUCGGCCAGUGUGGCCGACACUGCACAAGGUUCUUGGGUUGCCGGAUUUUCUCAUUGGCGCCCUGGACAGCUCGGUUCCUCGAUCAGUGUCCAUCACCCAGGGCAUAACUCAGACCCGCUCUAUCAGAGCAGGGCUCAAGAGGCGCGGCUCAUCGCCAGGAAGCUCACCUGGCCGCUUGAACAAGCCUACUGUCAUAUCUUCACAGGCGUCCCAGGACUUCUUGCGAGCUGGCGGAGCAACGAAAACCAUGCGGUUGAUGAACACGUUUCUUGACGUGCUUCGCAUGUUCACAUCCCACAAGUUCAUUUGCUUUGUGCUGGAUGAUCUCCACUUUGCAGAUGAUGAAUCCAUGGAGUUGAUUACCCAGAUCAUUGGGGCGCGCAUGAAAAUGGUCGUCAUCAUAACAUACCGGCCAGAGGAGCUAUCACCGGAACAAGUCCAAUCUAUCAUUCACCCCCCUGAAUCUGAAGGCAAGUUUCCCACACCUGCGAACACUGCCACUGACGACAUAAUCCAAUACGUCGCGACGACGCUGUGCAGACCAAAGGAGGAGGUUCUCCCAUUGGCUCUGGUCAUACAGUCCAAAACAGCAGGCAACCCGUUCUACAUGCGGGAAAUGCUGAGCGCGUGUUACCGGAAGAAGUGCAUCUGGUACGACUACAGAGAUAGCAACUGGCAUUUCGAUCUUGAUAGACUCUUCGAGCACUUCAAAGGCGCGAGCGACUAUGAUAUACUCGAUACUGGUUUCAUCACUCGGAGGUUGAACGAGUUGCCCCCGGCCUCUAGAGCGAUACUGGCAUGGGCGGCACUCCUCGGGUCUUCGUUCUCAUUUGAGCUCAUUUGCCGACUUCUCAGUGGCGAGUUUCAGUAUCACGACAACGACGAGGCAUCGUGUCAAGGCCCGGGCAACGAACAAUACCACGCGACGUACUCUCAGCAGGAAGCAAUCAAUGGACUGCAAGCCGCGGUCCAGGCCUACAUCAUCGUUCCAAGCGAGACUGACGACAGGUUUCGCUUCGCCCACGACCGAUUCAUCCAGGCGUCGGCAGCACUGAAGGAAUGCAAUGCGCGGAAGAUGCACUUCGUGAUUGCGCAGACGCUUUUGAAGUAUUACUCUGUUGAUCCCAGAGCAAAAGACAACACCGCCGCGCACAUCUGCGAGUCUGUCGAUAUUAUCAAGAAGCGCGUUCCUAAACGUCAGUCAUACCGCAAGUUACUAUCCGAAUGCGCACAGUCGGCCGUGGAGAAUUGUGCCCGUCCGACCGGCUCAAAACUGUACAGUACAGCGGUCGCCCUCCUCCAGCCGGAUCCAUGGAACGACGACCUCGAGGAUGUCUCGUAUGACGAGACGAUACAGCUGCAUUUACGAGCUGCGGAAUGCUACCUCUACAUGGGCAGCCAUGUUGCAGCCAACUCCCUCCUAGAGACAAUUUUCCAGUGUGCACGAAGCCCUCUCGACAAGGCGCCGGCCUAUGUUCUCCAGUCCAGAACACUGGCGCAAAGUGGCAAUGCCAGGGCCGCGCUGGCUGCGCUGAAAGAAUGUCUGCAGACACUUGACGUGCAAUUCGAUGACGAACCGACCUUUGAGAAAUGCGACGAUCAGUUCGAGAAGAUGUCUGUGAGGAUACAGACGAUGGACAAGAACGAGCUCAUGAAUCCGCCACCGUCAUCAGACCCCAGUUUGCCGUCUAUUGGUGCCGUGCUAGCAGAGACUGUCAGCGCUGCAUGGUGGAGCGACUAUUUGCGAUUUUACCACCUGUCCCUGGUCAUGUUGGAUCUACACCUCACUCACGGCGCCUUCCCUCAAUCGGGAAUGGCCUUUCUGCAUCUUGGUCUCAUCGCCCUGGCCAGAUUCAACAUGGUGAGCUUCGCAGUUGAGGUGGGCAACGUCUGCAUCGAGCUGCUCGGCCGAUAUCGCGAUCCCUUCUCAAUGGCUAGAGGCUACAUGCUGUACGCCAACUUCAUCGGGCAUGUUCAAAUCCCGAUAGCUGUGGCGUUGACGCACUUGGAGGGCUCGGUCGAUUUUGCAGCGGCAGCAGGGGAUCGCAUUUCCUCGAUCCUGAGCUUUGGACUUGCGGCACAGCUCAAGUUCUUUGCAAGCGAGAACUGCGCCGACCUGGAGGCUUUCUGCCAGUACGGCUGUGAAGAAAUCCCCAACUGGCAUCAGGACACGCGGGGCGGCACCCUCCUCAUCUCCGUUCGGCAGGCUUGUCGAGCCUUGCAGGGCAAAACGCGGACCACCGAUCCCCUCGAGGUCAUGACUGACGAUCAUCAUAAUUCGGCCAACUACAAGUCAUGGCUGAGAGCCAACACACAAAACGACAACAGGUCGGUUCUUUGGUAUGAGAGCAUCGAGAUAGUCCCCCUCUUCAUUUACGGUCACUACGAUCGCGCCAUUGAGAUCGGUGAAGCGUGCUACGAGUCCAUCCAGAAUCUAUGGUCAGCUCGGAACAGCAGGUUGGUCAUGUUCUUCUACGGUCUUGCUCUCGCAGGGAGCAUGCUUCGGAGGCUCAAUGACCCCCGUCUAGAUCCUAGCAGUCUGGCCGGCGAAACCGAAAGUAUCCUCCACAACCUUCGCGAUCUGACCAAGCGGAUCAAGGAGUGGGAGGUCUAUACCGAAGUGAACUACCUUUCGUGGUCCAGGAUCCUGGAGGCCCAGAUCGCAGAAUUGACCGGCGAUUAUGGAGGCGCGGUCAGGCUCUACGAGGAGGCUCUGGAUAACGCCGAGGAGCAUAAUUACAUUUUUGAAGCGGCGCUAGGCAACACGUUGAUGGCCGGCGCGCUCGUCAGGCGCAAGGCUCGACGGCUAGCUCGCUCUGCUUUCAGGGAUGCCAUUUCGUUCUACCGUCAGUUCGGCGCCGUGGCCGUGGCUGAGCGUCUUGAGGAAGAGCACGCCGUUCUCCUUCAUAGCCCGACGAGAAACCCCAGAGCGAUGGACGCUGCGGUUCAGACCGACUUUGCCGGAGACAGUGGCACGGUGGACUACCGCGCAGUUGAUGGUGAAGAAGGACCAGAAGGGAUGCAGCAGCCCAAUCACACAGCCAUCGCCGAUAUCAAGGGCGAGCGGAUUGGUGCGUGGCGUGGCUCGAUGCAUGAGCACAACGAACCUGGGGCAGGUCUGCCAGCACUCGAUAUGAUCGAUUUGCACGCGAUCCUGCUCUCAUCCCAGGUCAUCUCCGGUGUUCUGCGGGUCGACGAGCUCCUCAAGACCAUGUGCGAUGUCAUUCUGCAGACUUGCGGCGGCUCGGCUACGCUAGCCGCCAUUGUGGUGCAGGAUUCGGACGAGUCUGGGUGGUCUCUCGCGGCCAGCGGCGAUCCGGAACGGGGAGCGUCGGCCCAUAUCCCUGGUCUUCCACUCGCUGGCACCUCCCUCGUCGCCGAAAACGUUAUUCUGUACUGCACACGUUUCCGAGAGGCUGUCUUCAUUCCCGACAUCAUCAGUGACGAGCGCUUUGGUAAUGUGAGCGAGGCUUGGCUGCAGCGGAACGUCCUCAGCAAGGCCAUCAUCGCGAUCCCCAUCUGCCACGGCUCUAAAUCGCUUCUCGGAGUGCUCUAUUUGGAAGGCGAGCCAGGCUCAUUCACCGAUCGUAACGUUUCCGUCCUCCAACUUCUGGUCAACCAGAUCGGUAUCAGUUACUCCAAUGCCCUGGCUAUGAAGGCUGUAGAGAAAGUUUCGGCAGAGAAUGUCUCCAUGGUUGCGCUGCAAAAGCGCGCCCUUGCUAAGGCGCUGGAAGCAGAGACCAAAGCGAAGCACGCUGAAGCCGAAGCCAAGCGUAACGUCAAGCUCGCCGAAGAAGCCGCCAAGGCCAAGUCCAUAUUUCUUGCCAACGUUUCACAUGAACUGCGGACACCGCUCAACGGUGUUAUUGGCAACUCAGAGUUGCUCAAAGACACCGAGUUGGACAAGGAUCAGCAAGAGAUGGCGGAUAACAUCAAGGUAUCGGCAGAGCUGUUGUUGACAGUCAUCAACGACAUACUCGACUUCUCCAGAAUGGAAGCCGAUAAAAUGAAGCUCUACGUGAUCGCCUUUAAUCCUGAAGAAAUGGUCCGAGAGGUUGUUCGCGCGGUGUCCUACAGUAACCGGCAAAAGACAAAACAGAAGAACGUGAAGAUUAUACAGGACAUCGACCUGCCAUCGCUGCUCAUAUUUGGAGACCCCAUCAGACUCCAUCAAGUACUGGGCAACCUCAUCAGCAACAGUUUGAAAUUUACCGAGGACGGUUCAAUCACAAUUGGUGCUCGGGUGGACUCGGAGACCAACGACAAAGCAACAUUGCUCUUCAGGGUUCAGGACACUGGGAUUGGUAUUCCCCAGCAGCAAUUGGUCAAACUUUUCCAACCGUUUAGCCAGGCAGACACCAGCACAGCGCGCAAGUACGGCGGUAGCGGCCUCGGUCUGAGUAUCUGCAAGUCUUUGAUCGAAACUAUGAUGAAAGGCAAGAUCCAACUCGACAGCCAAGAAGGCGUAGGAACAACGGCAUGGUUCAAGGUAACUUUCGACAAGGCCAAGUCCGACGUGUCUGCCGGAGACGCGCAACAGAUGAAAUCUCCUCCCGCCGUCGAGCGCUCUGCAUUCCUCGAGCGCAGCGAGUCACCCAAUCCGUUCUUGGACCUCACCGCUAUUCCCAAGGAUCAAAUUAGGAUUUGCGUCGCAGAGGACAACCCCAUCAACCAGAAAAUUGCCAUCCAAUAUGCGCAGCGACUGGGCUAUACCACCGUGGAUGCCUACGAGAACGGGUUGAAGGCAGUCGAGGGCUUGCGGCAGAAGGCUAGAGAAGGUCGACCUUAUCAUGUGGUCCUCAUGGACGUCCAGAUGCCCGUGCUAGACGGCUACGAGGCAACCAAGAUGAUUCGGAAGGAUUCUAUAGAUGUUGUACGGAAAGUCCUCGUUAUUGCCAUGACGGCUUCGGCCAUUCAAGGGGAUCGAGAGAAGUGUUUGGCGGCCGGCAUGAACGACUAUCUUGCGAAGCCGGUGCGCUCGGAGGUGUUGAAGAAGAAGCUGGACACCUAUGUCAGCCCUCAAGCAUCUGCCGCCUCAUCUCCUGAUGCCAUCCGCUCUUCUUCCACUUCGCCGUCGUACAUAACCACCGACCUCAACGGAGCCGCAGCCAGCUUCCAUCUCCCAAUCAGAGAUAACCCGGCGUAUAGCCGACCAUCGGACAGUAGCUCGACACCCAGCCGCGUAUCGAGCGACUUCAGGUCCACUACGGACCUGGGUUCCAUUGCCGAGACGCAGUCGCAAGCGCCAUCGCAGAAACGUGCGUCUCGCAAGCUGACCAAGACACGUACCAGCAGCGAGUCGCUACCGGCCGAGAAACCUAGGGCAGUGCUCACCAAAAAAGCGCCGCAGCGCCAGGGUAUAGCCUCGUCGACGGAUGAAAAUCUCAAGCCGGAGAAUUUACCAUACCACACAAACCGCAGUAGUAUGAGUUCGCAGGGGUCCAGCAGCAGAGACAAGAUCUUCCCAAGCUAA